AUGGGUUGGGUGUAUAAUGCCUCGCCGGAGGUUGAGGCGGCGUCGCAGUACCAGUUGAUUCUGGGCGUCUGCGUGAGUUUGACAGUUUUGAUGAUUAUCACGGUCUGUCUUCGCUUGUAUGUGCGGGCACAAGCCAGUCGAUUGGGUGCUGCGGAUUGGGUGAUGGUUGUCAGCAUGAUUUUCAGUAUCAUUUAUGCUUCAUUGUGUAUUGCUCAAAGUCGAUAUGGACUCGGACUACCGCUGCUACUACGACCCAAGCCUGAUCUCCCUACAUAUACCAAACUCAACUAUGCAGGUCGCCCAUUCUACCAGCUCGGUAUCGCCGGAUUCAAAGCGUCUCUGUGCCUCAGUUACUUGCGUCUCAUUUCGGGCACCUCGAUGAACAUCUACCGGAUUCUAAUAUGGACGGUUAUCGGGCUAUGCACAAUUGGCCAUAUAGCAGGCGCUUUGGUUCUCAUCUUCAACUGCUCGCCGGUCAAACGAGCAUGGGACUCCAAAGUGGUCGGCACUUGUCUCCCCGUCGGUCCUACAUUCUACGGUCUUGCCAUCUUCACGAUUAUCUGUGAUGUCGUGAUCAUAUUCCUCCCGAUCCCACUGCUGCUACGACUGAGCAUCAAACCCGCCCAAAAAGCCGGGGUCGUGUGUCUAUUCUUGCUCGGCCUGUUCACGACGAUCUGCUCCAUCCUGCGGCUCACCCAGAUCCACCGGGUAGCCUUUGGCGACGGAAACUCUACUAUGCUGGUUCUCUGGGGAACUAUUGAAUUUAAUAUCGGGAAUAUCGUGACUUGUGUUCCAUACCUUGCUCCGCUUCUUCGAGGAUUCGUGCGUGACUUCCGGUCAACCAGUGGUCGGAAGUACUACGAUACUCAGGGGCGGAGUUAUGCGAUGGAAACGUGGUCCAAGGACCAGCGCUCGCAUCUGCAGUCGAAUGCAUCUGGACCACCCCUACCACGGCGCUCGCCGAGUGAAGAACUUAUUUUGUCCAGCCGGGAGCCAUCGCAUGGUGGUAUUGAGAUGACAGUGGAGUACUCGGUAUCGUUAGAGAACGAGACGGAGAAGACUCCGAGGUGA